AUGUACAAGAGGAACCGGACAUUAGAGCCAGUGGUAAACAAAAUGAAGGAAGGAGCUCCCAGAAUCGUUUGACACACCAAGACCACUAAUUAAGAGUUGUGAGUGUUUAGUGCAGAUGUAGAGUCACCAUGGAUGGCGGCCUGUUGUCUCUCAAGUGGAACAACCACCGCUCCACUUUUCUCCACGUCCUCUCUACUGUGAGGCACAAGGAGUCCUAUUGUGAUGUAACCAUAGCCUGUGAUGGAAAGUUCUACCCAGUGCACAAGCUCGUGCUCUCAACCUGCAGUGAGUACUUUGAGCAGAUGUUUGAGCGGACCAACUGCCGUCAUCCCAUCAUCGUGCUCAAGGACAUCCGCAAGGAGGACCUGGAGGCGCUGCUGAACUACAUGUAUGUUGGUGAGGUGAAUGUCCUACAAAACAACCUCUCAGGGCUGAUCAAGGCGGCCGAGGGUCUGAGAAUCAAGGGUCUCGCUGUGCCCGAUGAGUCACCAGUCGAGGCAGAGGCAGGCCAGGAUGCCAAGCGGAGCGUCCCUUGGGCUUCAGACGGGCCAGACAGCAAGCGGCGGCGGCCAGAAGAGCAGCCACUGUCCUCUCAGAAGUCGGUUCAUCCUGCAGGGGACAAGGGCAGCCAGGAGAGGUCACCAGGGGGGUACAGGGAACCCUUCAGAAUCCCACCAAGGAGCAGGGAGGCGGCACGAGGGGCAACAGUCAGCCCUAGUCCAGCACCUGUCCCCCCAAGCCCCGAGACCCAUCAGCCCAAUACCUCCCUGGCAGACCCUCCCCCGGACCUCCUCCACCCAGCAUCCCGUGAUCUCCCCGUCCCCCCCUCCCAGGCAGCCACCAGUAACGAAUCUACCAACUCCAGCAACGAGUCUCUGGGACCAGUAGAGCAAGAGGUGAAGGUGGAUGAGCCACUAGUCAAGGAGGAGCCACAGGAGAGUUACAGUGAGCCAGAGGAAACCAAAGAUGCACUCCAGUCAGCAGAUGCAGACCCGAGCCUCACCUUUUCCCAGCACUCAGGCAGCCUGGUGGGGGAGGCGGCGGCGGCAGCAGCAGCAGCGGCGGGAGCUGGUGGGUUCACUCCACAACCACUCAGACCCACCAACCAGCCACAGACCCUGGAGGACCUUGUGGCCUUGCCAGGUGCAUCGGGACUCCAAGGGAAGAGUUUAUGGGAAGGUGACCGAGCGUUACUGGGAAUGCCUUAUGAGAGCUACUCUGCCAACCAACCCAGAGCUUCACAAAUGGGGUGUGGGCCAGGAGGCGUGGCAGCGAUGGGAGGAGCAGCUGGGAACCCCAGCACUGCACACAUGUUUCCUGAGCCACACCGCACACACACCUGCACCCACUGCUCCAAGGUGUUCGACUGCCGCCAGAAGCUCAUGGUGCAUCUGAGGACCCACACGGGGGAGAAGCCAUUUGCCUGUCAGUACUGUCCUUACCGCAGCACACAGAAGGGGAACCUGCAGCUGCAUGUUAGAACCCACACAGGAGAAAAACCAUAUGCAUGUAGCCACUGUCCCUAUCGCACUAAGAACCAGAGCAACCUCACUACUCACCUCCGUAACAAGCAUUUUGUCGCCACUGCUGCUGCCAACCACAGUCUGCAGUAAUGAUCUCUCAAGGCAAGGGUCCGUAUUCUUAAAUCCUUUGGUCUCUCAUGUCAAUUGAUGAAGGAUACAGAGAUACGGGUUUUCAUCAAUGUUUUUGCUACUGACAAUGUGGAAUCCUUGUUGAACUAUCACUAGAAUCAUGCAAAUAUCCUCCAAAGACCCAGUAACUUCCAGAAUAUCCCUUUGAAUAUAGUCAGGAAUAGACACAAAAACAUUCAGGAAUAUGGAGGAAGAUUCUGCAGCAUGUAUAGGCAUUAGAAAAAGGAUGUUUUUUGUGUCAAGGAAACCAGCCAUGGGUACAAAAAUUGGGAGAGAAGAUACUAAGUUGCUGGUUCCAAUAGAAAGUGAAAGAAGAAAAUUUAUGGAUGGUGUUUGUGAAAAUAGUGUUCCAUUGUGCCAUUGUCAAUAAUUUAAUCUAUAUUUCAGGACAUAAUAAGCCAGUUGUGUUGCAUUAUUCGCUGUUAAGAUGAUCAUACAGCAACCAUGAUCAAUAAGGAUAAAGAAAGAAAUGUUAGCUAUAGCAGGUGAGAUGUUAUCGAGGCAAGUGGCUAUAGUCCCUCCUCCUUGCAGUACCCUUCACCUUUCCUCACUCUAAUAAAGUUACUGAUUG